AUGUUUCAGUGUCCUUCAUGUGGCAAAGGAGGAUUCAAAGAUGAUAUUGCUGUUGCCCGUCAUAUGAACCAACCCCGCUCGGGAUGUAGCACAUGGCUACAGGAUAUAAUACAGCUUCAGACCGACUACUCUAUGAACGUCGACGACCCACACAUGCCGCACGACUCUGACUCGGAGUCACAUCAAGACUACUAUCACAAUCAACCUGAGGGCCUCAGAGUUGCCAAUUCAGACGAAGGCAUUUUUACUGGUCACAUCAAUGAGGCAGGCACGCUACCGACCACCGACUUGUUUCCCAAUGCCUCUCAGACAUAUGGCAAGGGUCAUACAUUUCUUGAUUUAUUUCACUCCGAUGAAAAUAGUGUAUAUCGCACAAAGAAUCUUUACUACCUGUUCAGUGGUCAGAAGGAGUGGGAAGUUGUGUCAUGGCUAUUGCAUUCGAGAUUGAGCAUGGGGAAGAUUAAUAGUUUUUUGUCACUCGAGAUGAUUAAGGAUCUUUCAUUAUUCGGUCCGUGCUGGAUGUCUCAAGUAAUUCCUACGGCUCAUCCCACAAAAUCACCUGUCGUAUUAUACUGGUGUGACCCCUUGGACUGUAUCUCAAGCAUACUCAAGCAUCCUACAUUUCACAGAGAGUUAGACUUUAUGCCUCGCAGGGUGUAUACCACUGCACAGCAGCUGUAUUGUGUGUACUCCGAGUGGAUGACAGCCGAUGAUGCCUGGAAGAUGCAGUCGAAUCUACAAAGUGGUGCGACCCUGCUAGGCACUAUUUUGUCAUUGGACAAGACCAAUAUAUCUAUGAUGACAGGUGACAGAGUUGCCCACCCGCUCCUCAUCAGCCUCGCAAACAUACGCAUGUCUACUCGACUCAAGGCAUUGUCGGGUGCUUUCUUGCUCACUGCCCUACUCCCCAUGCCCAAAUUCACUCAUAAGAAGAAACACUUGCGAGGUGUGCUGGAGGAUCAUCUAAUUCAUCAAUGCUUGGAUAUUGUUCUGGCGCCUCGUAAGCAGGCUGCUCACGAGGGGGUAAUGCUAUCAGAUCCAGUUGGGCAUAGUCGUUAUUGUUUCACCCCACUUGCGAGUUAUGUCAUUGAUACCCUGGAGGCCAUGAUGCUUGCCACUGUUGGUGGGAAAACAUCUCCAGUCACCAUGGCCUCAUACAAGCAAUUUGGAGAUAAUUUCCUCCACAAACCUCGAACUUGGUCAACUACCCUUGUGCAACUAGCUGUUGUCCGGGAAAGGGUUGCCCCCAACAAUAUUGAAGUGUUCUUUCGUGAAGCACAGAAGUUUCGCUUGAAUGGAGUCAAUAAACCUUUCUGGUUGGAUUGGGUCAUGGCUGAACCAUCGCAUUUCCUCACUCUGGAAAUUCUUCACCAUCCUCACUGA